AUGGGUGCCAGUUGCAAGGACCAGAAAAAAGCCCUCGCCAUUUGUCUACAGAGGUCGCCAUGUGUGCUUAUAGAGCGAAAUACACCAAAAGAUUGUCUCACCAAACCAGAAUUAAAGAAGGAGUUACCUGAGCUCUGUGUGGCCAACUUCAGAGCUUUCGUGGAAUGCAAGAACGGAUUUUUUGACAUGAGAAAGAGAAUGAGAGGAAAUGCUCCGUUAUCCACUGGUAAGUACGAUGACACAUAUGACAAGUUAUCGAGUGGAGACUUUGAUGCUCGUGAGGAGAUGAAGAAGUUAGAUGUGUUGAACCGUAAUUUGUCCAAGCAGAGGCAGUUGCGGGAGGAGGAGGAGAGAAGAAACCAGGAAUGA